AUGUCUGCUGAAACAGCGCCUUUGUUAGGCGUCGCCGGACCGUCCUCUGAUGUUUUCCAACAGAAUACCUCUAUUCGGCCGCCGAAUAGCAAGAGAUUAUCAGCGGGGGUGGCGCGUAUGGUGGUUGUUUCGCAGAAUCUUACUACAGCGCACCGCAUAUGGCUUUUCGUCGGUAUUUUCCUCGUCGGCUACGCAUACGGUCUUGAGAGUCAAGUACGUUUAGCGUAUCAAUCCUACGCCACUUCAAGCUUCGAUCUACACUCAUAUCUUUCUACGAUUAAUGUCCUGCGCAAUGUCAUCGCUGUGGCUGUCCAACCGACCGCUGCCAAGAUCGCUGAUGUCUUUGGGCGGUUUGAGGUCAUCGCAAUCUCCACGGUUCUCUACACACUCGGAAUCGUCAUCGAAUCAAGCGCCCAGUCUGUGGAGGUGUUCUGCACGGGAUCCAUCAUUUACCAAACAGGAUAUACUUGCAUCGUGCUCCUUUUGGAAGUUCUCAUCGCCGACUUUUCAUCCAUGCGAGCGCGCGUGUUUUUCAGUUACCUCCCCGCGGUUCCAUUCUUGAUCAACACCUGGAUUAGCGGGAAUAUCACUUCUGCGGUCUUGCACGCGACGAGCUGGCGAUGGGGUCUUGGAAUGUGGGCUAUUAUCUACCCUAUCGCGUCGAUGCCUCUUCUGUCUUGUCUUUAUUUCCUGGAGCGUCGAACGUGGGAAUCAGAAAGUGGCAAGGAGAGUGACGAGGUUGUGCUGGUAUCUCUCAAGACCAAGAAAGGAAGGGAAGAUCUUUUCCAUCAACUCGAUAUCGUUGGACUGGUUCUCUUGGUCGUCGCUUUCUCGCUGAUCCUUGCGCCCUUGACCGUCGCCGGUGGUACUGUCAGCCACUGGCGCAGCUGGUACAUCAUCCUCCCUCUGGUGCUGGGAGUUUGCUUCAUGGUUGCUUUUAUCACAUGGGAGCAGCGAGGCGCAAGACAUCCACUCAUACCAUUCCACCUUCUGAGAGACAGGGGUGUCUGGUCUGCGUUAGCAGUUCGCAGUCUCCUUAACCUAGCGUGGUGCACACAGGGAAACUACCUCUACACCAUUCUUAUCGUGGCCUUUGACUUUUCGAUUGAAAACGCCACUCGUAUCUUAUCCUUCUUCUCCUUUUUCGGAGUCAUUACCGGAGUUCUAGCGGGCCUAGUCAUCUUCAAGAUCCGACGACUCAAGUUCAUCAUUGUCGGGGGAACACUUUUAUUCAUGGGCGCAUUCGGAGUUUUGAUCGCAUACCCAGGCGGAGCUUCGAUAUCUUCAAAGAACGGAAUCAUCGCGGCGCAGAUCCUCCUAGGAGUAGCCGGUGGAUUCUUCGCUUACCCAACCCAAGCAUCGAUCCAGGCUUCAGCAUCCCGGGAGCAUGUGGCCAUCCUCACAGGUCUUUACCUUUCCUUCUACAACGUCGGUAGUGCCUUUGGUACAUGUCUCUCCGGAGCCAUCUGGACACAGACUCUCUACAAAGCUCUAAAGAGGAAUUUGGCUUUCCAACCUGACGAAGACCUCGCAAAGACGAUAUAUAACUCGCCAUUUUCGGUGAUUGGACAUUAUCCUGUUGGAACGGCUAUACGCGAGGCUAUCAUCGAUAGCUACAGCUCUGUACAGCGGCUGCUUUGUAUUGCAGGGAUUUGCGUUUGUAUUCCAAUGAUCAUCUUCGCACUGGCGUUGAGAAACCCUCGAUUGUCGGAGCAACAGAUUCAGACGGAAGAUGAAGAGCACCAGGAGGGUUAA